CAUCCCUGAAUCACAAACACCCAGAGCCCAGUACUGCAGAACUCCAGGUUGGCUUCUGGUCAUGGCCCGCCCUGGUUGCCUGCCUCUGCUUCUGAUGGGAACCUUCUUGGCAGUGUUUCAGCCAAUCCUGACCCAGCCUGAUGCAUUCCUGGUCUUCCCGGGUCAGGAAGCUCAACUCAGCUGCACCAUCAAUUCCCAGCACGCCACGGUUGGAGGCACUGGGGUGUCGUGGUAUCAGCAGCAGCCAGGAGGUGCCCCGCAUCUUCUAUACUACUACUCAGAAGAGGAACACUACCGACCCGUCGACAUCCCUGACAGAUUCUCAGCUUCGGUGGACGUGGCCCACAACGCCUGGGUACUCACUAUCAGCCCGGUGCUGCCGGAGGAUGACGCCGAUUACUUCUGCUCCAUCGCCCACUUCUCUGAACCCUAGGGCUGGGUUGAAUGUCUUCUGUCUCCCAUGUCUGCCUCCUGACCUUGAGUCUCCUCUUUUUUCUCUACGUCUUGCUUUCCUUCCUCUGCAAAGUCAGUUAAUAACAUCCGACGGGUCAACCACGGUCCCAGGACCGUGAGAUCCUGGGUUUAAAAAAAAAAAAAAGCCAAAUCUGUGGACCUGGAGGUUGGGAUUCUGAUCAUUGUCUAAAGCGGAAACACCUGACACCCUUAGGGGACAGGCCUGCCUUGUCUCUAUCUGUCCCUUAGGGGUUUAGCUUCUCUCUUGGCCUUCCAGUGACCUGAAGGUAGAGGAACAGGAACCAACAUUUGCCGUCCCCCAGUUCUGCACGACUGAUUGUGGUCCAACGCUCAUAGUUCUUGGUUGUUGGGUCUCCAUGAAGUUCAUGCUGAUGGGGAGGGGAGGGGAGGGGAGGGGAGGGGAGGGGAGGGGAGCCCCUGUCUCUUUUCUGAAGUCUUUGGGCAGGUUCCCAAUGAUCUUGACAGGUGUUCUCGGAAGGGCCCCUACAGUCAGAAAUGAGGAUACUGAAAGAAGGUAGUAGAUUAUGAAGCACCCUCCCCCCCCCCAGACAGUAUGUUCUACUGAUUUCCUGGGGGAAGCUUUCCCACAGACGGGUAUAACCACACCCGAGCACUCACGGGCCAAGGGGUGCCACGAUUGGCUGCGGGGCAAACUUUGCUGUUAGAAGCAGAAUCGAGUGGGACUGGAACUUUCUAAAACAUCCCUGACCCAGUGUGGUGGCACACCGCCUUUUUACCCCAACACUCACAGAGGCAGAGCCCGGUAGAUCUCUGGGAGUUCAAGGUCAGCCUGGUCUGCUUGGGGAGUUCCCUACAGCCAAGGAUAAAUACAGAGUGAGCCCUUGUCUCAAACCAAAAUAAAAUUCCUGGGCUAGCA